CUUGGGCAACUGGGGUUUAAACGUUUGUGGCUCGUGGGGUCUCUACCCAGUUAGAACGUUUAUUUUCCCAUCCACCUUGAAAUUUCGACAACGCAAAGAUUAAAAAAAAUAUAGGAACUUUAUUAACAGUCGUCACCAAGAAAAAAAAGGAAAGAAGAGAAGAAGAAGAUUCUAAGCCGAACUCGACUUCACCACCCAUCCUGCAGAACAACAACCAAACACUAAACGCAUUUCAACCCAAACAACUUAACAAACCGAAAAGGUCAUUGUUAUUUCCGCGACAACGCAAGGAAUAUUCGAAAUAUUCCAUGCAGCAUCGAUAAUUCAUUUAACGAAUAAAACAUCGACUGACGGUCUUGACCAAUUUUACAAUUCGCUCUCAAUUCGCCUUUCACUCUCACAUCACUCAAUCCCGACACGAAAACCUGUCAAACCUCGAUAUAUCUCCUCCUACCCACACUUUGUCCGCUCAGUGUCUCGAUUUUCCCACGAAGCUCCAGACGCCCCAGACGCCCAUCUUAAUUUUGCACAACAAUUGUUGCUCAUAGGCCGUAUCUCUCAUUGUCGUAGGGCUACAGCCUCCUAUAUUAGUUGCCAUGCCUUCAAACCUCCCCUCAAGUUUCGCUUCAGCUGCAGCUGGCCAAAAUUCGAGUCGUGAUACGAGAUCUGGUGUAAGAAAUGACGGUAGAGGAAAUCCUAGCGGGGAAUGGCCUCGACAAGGACGAUCAACCAAUGGUGGCACGCUGACUUUCCGACGGACAUCGGCUACUCCUUCAAGCCAAUCUCUAAACCAGAUGCAGGCCUCGUCCGAGUCUAUUCAUUCGGCCUCUACUGACCCUGCUGUUAUAUCCGCAAUGCCUGUUGGCUCCACCAACGUCGACACUUCUGGUAGUUUGAGAUAUUCUCGAGACCAGCUCUUGUCCAUUUACAGCAAUACCCAAGACGCCACAUAUCAACGAUCCGACGUUUCCGCCUUGUUUGUGGAUGGAUGGAAUCCGGGACACGUCAACGGCACCACACCCAGAGGUUGGGGGAAGACGGGCGAGUCUCUUGUCGCUCCUCAAGAACCUGACAUCUGUUGGGAUGUUCCGGGAGCUACCAAGGCUGUUGGUCUACAAGAUAUGAAUUCAGAGGAAAAAGAGUUGUUCGCAUCCGACGUCAAUUCUGCUAUAAAGCCGCCAGCUCAGAAUAAGGAUGGAAAUCAUGCAGGAGGGGGCUUAAACGGUCGCAAGACUUCGCUCUCACACGGAAGCUCUAGUAAUUUUGGGUUGGUUUCUCCCUCGGCUGCGUCGAGGCCCGGUACUCGGCGACGCGAAACGACCGAUACGAACCCUUAUUCCGGCGGUGGGGGUUUAACUUCUCCCACUUCUGCAACACGAACGACCCGAGAGGAGACGUCAUUGUGGUUUGGCCGAAAGAACACGGACCUUAAAGACUCGACUUUUGAGGAGCCCGAAGAGGAUACAAGUAUGCGCGAUGCUAGCAAACAACAUCUCACCUUUGGUGGUUUGGUGCGUAACAACACAACCCCGAGCGGAGCAGGUUUUGGUGGAACUUCUCCAUGGCAUACCUCAACCGCGACCACUUUACCAGGUAUAGGUAGCUUCGGAAAUUUUGCUCUUCCGGGUUCUACGCUUGGAGACAAGCGGCCUGGGAAUCCUCGUGGCGAAAGCCGACUAGCGCAUCUGAUCCCAAAGGAGAGUUCUGACAGCAUUGCGAUGAAAUCGGCUGAGGUCACUACUCCGGACCCUGGUCGUGUUUGGCGUCCUCGACAGCGUACUGACACAGACCCCUUUGGUGAUGAUAAUGUCUCAGGUAGUGCUGUAUUGGGAGGUGCUCAAGAUACCAGCCCCCCUCCAAUGUCUCAUCCGCCUCUGCACACUUCGUCGUAUGACACUCCAAUGAAAGGUUCUACCGGCGAUUUUGGGAUGUCUAGUCUCAAUCUUGGAGGUCAUGCGGAACACGACCCGACACCUCUGAGUCCAUCAGAAACAAACCCCUUUCGAAGUCCUCCCGGCGACCGUGUUGAGCAGGAGGAAAUGGGAGAGAGACUACAUGGCUAUGGUGGGGGUGUGCCACGACCCUUCGUUCAAGCUUUUGACGGCAGUGAUCGAAGCCAAACCUCUAGCGUGGGUGCAAAAGCGUAUCCGUCGCUAAGCAACCUGACUGGCUGGCCAUCUUCGAGCACCCCAGAUCGUGAGCGUGCACCAUUUGGCGGUUUCGGGGGUUCGCUAUUUACCGUUGGUGAUCUCCAAUCCCCCAACCUGAACAAUCUCGGUGGUGUAUUCGGCCCUGUCAGUACAGCUGGGUUCGGUGGCUCCGGAUCAUUCGGUCGAGCAAGUAAGCUUGGCUCCUUGUUUCCUCCGGCUAUGCAAGCACAAAUGCAAUCCCAGGACAAUGAAAGUUUGAGUGACUCGAUUCCUGAUCUUCGUCAGCCAAAUCCUCUGGGUGCUAUUGGACGUACUGCUCCUGGUGAACAUAAUCGUGAAACGGACAGCCCUAUGCGCACCGGUAGAGGUAUCUUCGCCGACAUGUUUGCUCCUACUGAAUCCAGUCGAACCCCAGUGAGUUCUGAAGCUCUGCAUGGCGGCGUCCCCAGCGCCCCCCACGGUCAGGGGUUCACGCCUACGAGUGGCGCACCAUCGUACCCGGCCACGCAAACAUCGGAUCCCCCAUCGGUUCAGUCUCGAACUAUGGUAAUGCCCGAUCGAAUGAGAUGGGUGUAUCUCGAUCCGCAAGGUCAUCAGCAGGGCCCAUUCACAGGGUUAGAGAUGAACGACUGGUACAAAGCUAACUUUUUCACGCCCGACUUGCGCGUGAAGAAGCUGGAAGACUCUGAAUUCGAGCCGUUGGGCCAAUUGAUAAGACGGAUUGGCAACUCUCGCGAGCCUUUCCUUGUUCCUCAAAUCGGCAUACCUCAUGGCCCCCCGGCGCAGACCGGCCCGUUCUCUAAUUCCGGAGGCGUGAUCCAACCACCUCUAGUGAAUGCCUUCCCUAGUUUUGGUAGGACCUUGACUGCGGAGGAACAGAACAACCUCGAAAGGCGCAAGCAAGAGGAGCAGUAUCUACUGGCUCGGCACAGGGAAUUCUAUACCCAACAGUCGAUGGGCAGGGUUCCUAUGCCUGGUGUUCCGGGAUUGCAUCACCAUUCUAGCGCCCAUAGUCUGCAGAGUCAACCGAGCUUCGGUAGCAUUACGUCCCCCAUCACAAUGCCUCCGCAAUCUAACAUCGGGGCUAUUGGAUCCACGAGCACGUUUUUCGACCCGUCCACAACACAUCAAGCUGGAGGACAAAAGCUAGAGAUGUUUAGGGAGGAAGAGCUGGCUCACCUGUCGGGACCAGAACGCCAGAUAUUAGCUGGCUUGCACAACACGAACAUUAUGAGCGGCAACCUCCCACCGCAUCCUAUUGGUGGACAGACUUCAGAGUCGGGCGUGCGCAGUCAGCUACCCGGCACCAGUGAACUUGCUGAAGAUGCAGAGGGCUUCCGAGGACGGUUGCAAGAAUUUGAAAAGCUCCGAGCACAGCAUGAGGCCGAAAUGAUGGAGAGGCAAUCCUCGCCUCUUAACGAAAUAGCUGGUGGACAAGCGCAGGUGUCAAGAAAGACAAGCCCACUUUUGCAGACCACCGAAGCCGAACGUGUUCCUGAAGAAUCCCCUACUGCGGUAACGGCACGUCGCCAGGCCGAGGGAGACCAGCCAGCCUCGUUCCACAAACAGUAUCAGCAGGCCCAAGCAGCUACCGCCACGGCAAAGAUCAGUGGACUUCCAAUGCCUUUUCCACCUCCGCCUUCGGGAACUCCCUUACCUGCUCCUGCUCCUCAGCGUGUCAAGUCCAAUCUCCCAGAGCAAUACGCGACGAGUUCUAGAUCUGGUACACCAGAAAUUACGCCUUCUUCUGCUACUGCCCAGCCUCCACCGCUCGCACCGUGGGCUAAGGAUGGUGGCGUGGAGUCUCAUCACAAAGGGCCCAGCCUCAAAGAGAUUCAACAGGCUGAGGCUCUCAAGGCAGCUAAAGCAGAGGAGGCCGCUGCCGCUGCUCGACGUGCUGUUCUUGAGCAGGAAGCAGCUCGAGAACGGGAAAAAACUGUUACCACGAUUCCAGGCUUACCUACUACCAGUACGUGGGGAACUUCGUCUCCUGUUACCCCUGCGACGACCAGCAGCCCAUGGGCCAAGCCAGCCCCUGGAAAGGUACCAGCAUCAGGACCGACGACUCAAACACAGGUUUCGGAUAGAAAGAAGACACUGGCCGAAAUACAGCGUGAGGAGGAGGUGCGUAAGCAAAAGGCUAAGGAAAUUGCCAUACAGGCUGGAGUGGCAUCGAACGCUGGGAAACGAUACGCAGAUCUUGCCAGCAAGCCCAAUACCACGGCUGUGCCUUCUCCCACUCCCAGUGGUAGUACGUCAACAGGCUGGGCUACGGUUGGAGCUGGCGGCAAAGUCAAGGCGCCGACUGGGCCUUCUUCCCAGGUACGACCUACGAGCUCUGCCAAUAUGAAACCAAUGUCUAUUACAUCUACGACUACUCCUACUGCUACGCCUACUGCUGCUACUACUUUUACUACAGCCGCUACCACCACCGCUGCUACUAUUAUCGCUACUGCCUCGCCUCGACCUGCUGUCAAACCUACAGCCUCGGCAACCGGACCUACACACACAGAAGCUAUGGAAGAAUUUACCAAGUGGCUUCAUGGGCAAUUGACGAAAGGAAUCACGGGUGUUACGGACAUCGACGCUUUUGCCAACACGCUCAUAGGGUUCCCAUUGGUUGGAGAGAUCAUUUCGGACGCUAUCUACGCCAACUCUAAAACUAUGGACGGGCGACACUUUGCGGAGGAGUUUAUUCGCCGCAAGAAGUUGGCUGACAGAGGAGUGGUGGAGAAGCAGCCGACAAAGAGUCCAUCAGCAGACAUACAGUCAAGCACGGCAGGUGGCUGGAAUGAGGUGGCUAAAAAGAGCAGCUAUAAGGAGCCAAAUAAUGAAGCCAAUUCGAUGCAAGGUGUUGGCUUCAAGGUGGUUCCAGGACGUAAGAAGGGAAAGAAAUGAGGGACAAAAGACCUGAUGAUGGAUACGUACUAACGAGGAAAAAUAUGAGAGAAGGGAAAUGCCACUCGCGAUGAGAAACAUGAAAAAUGAAUUGAGGAAUAAGGAAUACCUACAUACGUAGUCCUAAGUACCUGCUAUGUAUAUGUAGUAGGUAGAUAGCCUAAAAUGUGUAGGUAUUCACGAGUCCCAGCACAUGCUGAUGUAGGAAUGUGGGAAUACUGGGAAUACCAAAAAGAAGACGAUUUACUGCUGCUCAAUGCUCUUUGAGAAUGAAGUCGAAGCUCGCGUGCUAACCUACAGUAGUUGUUUACUAUACUAGGUAUCACUACUAUUCUGCAU